GGAAACAUGAGUGGACGCGCCCGCGUUAGGGCUCGAGGCAUCAACCGCAGCCCCAAGCCCACGGAGGUGGGAAGCCCCCAGGCCUGCCCCACGCCUAUAUCUGCUGCUCUUAGUGACAAUGAAGCAUCGUCCAGCAAUAACUUCAUGGGAACAAGCAGGACUUCACAGCAAUAUAAAAGUGGACUAUCUUCGGGUAAUGCUGAAUGUACCCUCAUGGAAAGAGGUGGGAAAAUUAGACAGGAUUUCAUGGAUUUGAGUGUCUGUAUCAGAGAGAAACUGGCCCAUGUGAGAGAUCGCAAAACAGGUUCCAGUGGAAUACCUGUGAAACUGGUCACAAAUCUCUUUAGUUUAGAUUUGCCUCAGGACUGGCAGCUAUACCAGUAUCAUGUGACAUAUAUGCCAGAUUUGGAAUCUAGAAGCGUGAGAAUUGCUUUGCUUUAUAGCCAUAGGGAACUUUCCAACAGAGCAAAAGCAUUUGAUGGUACCAUCCUUUUUCUCUCACAAAAGCUAGAAGAAAAGGUCACAGAAUUGUCAAGUGAAACUCGAAGAGGUGAGGCUGUAAAGAUGACUAUCACUCUGACGCAAGAGCUGCCGGCAAGUUCCCCUGUGUGCAUCCAGGUCUUCAGCAUCAUCUUCAAAAAGAUCUUAAAGAAGUUGUCCAUGUACCAAAUUGGACGGAACUUCUAUAAGCCUUCUGAGCCCAUGGAAAUUCCCCAGCACAAGUUGUCCCUUUGGCCUGGGUUUGCCAUUUCUGUGUCACAGUUUGAAAACAAGCUCCUGUUUAGUGCAGAUGUGAGUUAUAAAAUCCUCCGGAAUGAGACUGUUCUGGAAUUCAUGACUGGUCUCUGCUACCAAACUGGCACGGCUGGCUUUACCCAGAUGUGUGAAAAACAGCUGCUUGGGCUCAUUGUCCUUACAAGAUACAAUAACAAAACCUAUCGCAUUGAUGACAUCGCCUGGUCAGUGAAACCCACGGACUUCUUUCAGAAGCGGGAUGGCACGGAGAUCACGUACGUGGAUUACUACAAGCAGCAAUAUGAUAUUACUUUAUCUGACCUACAUCAGCCAAUGCUUAUUAGUCUGUUGAAAUGCAAGAGAAAUAACGCUGAGGCUCGGAUGGUCCACCUGAUCCCUGAGCUCUGCUUUCUAACAGGAUUGACGAGCCAGGCAACCUCUGACUUCCAACUGAUGAAGGCUGUGGCUGAAGAAACACGUCUCAGUCCAACAGGAAGGCAGCAGCGCCUGGCCAGGCUUGCUGACGACAUCCAGAGAAACAAGGAUGCUCGUUUUGAGCUGGAGACCUGGGGGCUGCAUUUUGGAUGCCAGAUGACACUGACUGGUCGGGUUGUGCCUUCAGAAAAAAUAUUAAUGCAAGACCACAUAUGUCAACCAGUGUCUGCUGCUGAUUGGUCCAAGGACAUUCGAACUUGCAAGAUUCUAAGUGCAAUUUCUCUGAAUAAAUGGUUGAUCGUAUGCAGCAACAGAGCUGAAAAUGUGACUGAGACCUUUCUGAGCUGCUUAAGAAGAGUUGGAAGUUCUAUGGGAUUUAAUGUGGACUACCCCAAAAUCAUAAGAGUACAAGAAAAUCCGGCUGCAUUUCUUAGCGCUAUACGGAGAUAUGUUGAUCCUGAUGUUCAGUUGGUAAUGUGUAUUCUGCCUUCCAAUCAGCAGAGCUAUUAUGAGUCCAUUAAAAAAUACUUGAGCUCCGACCGCCCCGUCCCGAGCCAGUGUGUGCUUGUCCGCACCCUGAGCAAGCAGGGAAUGGUGAUGAGCAUUGCCACCAAGAUCGCCAUGCAGAUGGCCUGUAAACUCGGAGGCGAGCUGUGGGCUGUCGAGAUUCCUUUAAAGUCCCUGAUGGUAGUUGGCAUUGAUGUCUGUAAAGAUGCUUUCAACAAGGGAAUGGUGGUGGUUGGAUUCGUGGCCAAUAUUAACCCCAGAAUCACCAGGUGGUUUUCCCGCUGUAUCCUUCAGAGGACAACCACUGAUGUUGCAGACUGCUUAAAAGUGUUCAUGACCGGAGCACUCAAUAAAUGGUACAAGUACAAUCAUGAUUUGCCAGCCCGGAUUAUUGUGUACCGUGAUGGUGUAGGGAAUGGUCAGCUAAAAACACUUAUUGAAUAUGAAGUUCCACAGCUGCUGAGCAGUGUGACAGAAGGGAGUUCAAGUACCAGCUCCAGACUGUCGGUCAUUGUGGUCAGGAAGAAGUGCAUGCCGCGAUUCUUUGUGGAAAUGAACCAUGCCGUACAGAACCCACCACUUGGCACUGUGGUGGAUUCAGAAGCCACGCGUCCUGAAUGGUACGACUUUUACUUGGUCAGCCAGGCUGCCUCUCGGGGAACUGUGAAUCCUACUUAUUAUAAUGUCGUCUACGAUGACAAUGGCUUGAAGCCUGACCACAUGCAGAGACUUACCUUCAAACUGUGCCACUUGUACUACAACUGGCCGGGCUUAAUCAGUAUCCCAGCGCCGUGUCAGUAUGCGCACAAGCUGACCUUCCUCGUCGCACAAAGCAUUCACAAAGAACCAAGUUUGGAGUUAGCCAAUUCCCUCUUCUACCUGUGA